AUGGCGGGUACAGGGAAGAAGUUGCAGGACCUUGCCAAUAAGCAUCUUUUCACUGGAUCGGUUGAUUCUUGGAAUGACGAAUGGAGUCAUGGAUUUUCUUCGGCUCCUGCUCGACCAGCCCCGCCUAUGACAACACAACCGGAAGAGCACGCAUUAAGAGAUCGAAAUGGCUCUAUGGGCUAUGGCACUUCUGACGAGGUCACCACUUUACCUGCUCAAGAAGAAUCAGACCCUCACGCUAGCAAGGAGCCAAUCACCUCACUUCAAGCAGCCUGGAACGUAACUAAUGCCAUUCAAGGAAUGUUCAUCGUCGGAUUACCAAUUGCAGUCAAAGUCGGCGGCUGGUGGAGCGUUGGUGCCAUGGUUUUUGUGGCCUGGAUCUGCUAUUGGACCGGAUUGCUUCUCAUUGAGUGCCUCUACGAUAAGGAUGUGAAAGUCCGACAUAGUUAUCGAGAUGUAGCAGAAGCCUAUCGGCCUGGGUUCGGAAAGGUCGUACUCGCUGCGCAGAUGACAGAGUUGCUCUCGACGUGUAUUAUAUACUUGGUGAUGGCUGCCGACUUGCUUCAGGCUUGUUUUCCGAGUAUAGACAAACCGGCUUGGAUGAUGGUCGUCUCCUCGGUUCUUUUGGGAUGUGCUUUAUUGGAAUCAUUAGUUGUCGUAUCGCAGCUCUCCUUUGCCAACGCUGUUUCCCAUCUAGUCAUCAAUGCAAUUAUGGUCAUCUACUGCUUAUCUCAGGUAUCUAGCUGGGUUUGGGGCGAAAUCAAGCUCCUGCCAUCCAUUGACACCUUCCCGACAAUGAUUGGGGUUGUCGUGUUUGGCUAUACCUCCCACAUCUUUUUGCCUUCUUUGGAGGGGAGCAUGAAAAACCCCUCCGAAUUCAAGUGGAUGCUAAUGUGGUCCCACGUGGCUGCCGCACUUUUUAAGGCUAUUUUUGGGCUCAUGGGAUUUUUGACUUUUGGAGAGCUGACACAGCAAGAAAUCUCCAACUCACUGCCAAAUCAGGGCUUCAAGAUUAUUGUCAAUUUGAUAUUGGUCGUAAAGGCGCUCCUUUCCUAUCCCCUCCCGUAUUUCGCUGCCGUUCAACUCAUCAAGGACAAUUACUUUCGGGGCCGAAAAUUCACACUUUUUACUAGCUGCUACUCGAAAGACCAAACCCUGCGUGAAUGGGCGCUUUUGCUGCGUAUAGUCUUGGUGCUAUUCACGCUAUUUGUCGCGCUAUCUGUUCCUUAUUUGAUUGAAUUGAUGGGAUUAAUUGGGAAUAUAACUGGUACGAUGCUCUCAUUCAUUUGGCCAGCCCUCUUUCAUCUAAAGCUAAAACAAGCCGGAAUGGUGGAUCGCGAUCGCAAAUUCGAUCAAUUUGUCGUCGGACUGGGCUGUUUCAUCUGCGUGACCGGCAUCUAUUAUUCAGCCAAGGAACUCUUGCUAGCUAUCCAGAAUAACGAUCAA